CUAGUGUGAUGGAAUCGAGCACAAUGGAAGAAUAGCGUCGCUAUUUAACCAGCAGAUAAGAAACAGAUUUGAACGACCGGGCCGAGGAGGCAAACCGUCAUCGAUGUAAACCUCUUCAAGAAGUGGUGAAGAUAGAACACGAGCCGAUACUUGCCAGUAUGAAGCAUUUUCAAACAUAUAUAGUGAUUUUUUUGUCUUCAUUUUUGUCCUAUGCCCAAUAUGUUGAACCGGGGACUUUGGUUUAAAAAACGACAGGGCAACAGAAAAUUGUUCAACGUGUCAAGCGUGUAUGCUGACGUGAAUAAAAAUCGGCCUAGCUCCUACUGGAAUUAUGCGGCACUCAAAGUAGAAUGGGGAAACAUAGAUAAUUACGAAGUGAUAAAAAGAAUUGGCAGAGGCAAAUAUUCGGACGUAUUCGAGGGCAUAAACGUUGUGUCUAAUAAAAAAUGCAUUAUUAAAGUCUUGAAGCCGACUAAGAACAAAAAAAUACGCCGCGAAAUCAAAGUACUACAGAAUUUAUUUGGUGGUACAAAUAUCAUAAAGUUGUACGAUGUAGUAAGAGAUCCGAUUACCCACACUCCAUCGCUUAUCUUCGAAGCUGUGAAUGGCGCAGAUUUCAAGUCAUUCUACCUUAAGUUGACAGAAGCUGAAAUAAAAUAUUACAUGCAUGAGCUGUUGAAAGCGCUUGACUGGGCGCAUUCUAAUGGUAUUAUGCAUAGAGAUUUGAAACCUUAUAAUAUUGUCAUUGAUCCCAAACUGGGCAUUCUUCGUCUGAUUGAUUGGGGCCUUGCUGAGUUUUAUCACAAAAACCAGGAGUACAAUCCUCGAGUAGCAUCGAGAUACUUCAAAGGUCCAGAGCUGUUUGUCGAUAUGCAAGACUAUGACUACUCGUUGGAUUUGUGGAGUUUUGGCUGCGUGUUGGCAGGUGUGAUUUUCAAAAAAGAGCCAUUUUUCCGAGGCGAAGAUAAUCGCGACCAGCUAAUCAAGAUCAUUCAAGUUCUUGGUACAGAUGAAUUAUGUGCCUGGAUUGAUAAGUAUGGGCUGACGCUCGAUCCUGCAUACCAAAACCUCAUCACUCCCUGUCCAAGGAUCCCGUAUGAGAACUUCAUCACAGAAGAAAAUAGAUCAACGGCCGGAAAUCCGGAUGCACUAGACCUUUUGGACAAGCUGCUACGAUUUGACCCAGCAGAAAGGUGGACAGCAAGGCAAGCCAUGGACCAUCCCUACUUUUCUCAGUUGAGAAGAACUUCGCCAUUUCCCCAACAAUCUUAGCUUGCCCUAUUUCAGAAAUCGCACGUCGAUAUCUCUUUGGUAAAAUAAUCCAAGUGCACAUUAGAGAAAUGGUGAAAUAAGGUAUAAAAUGAAACCUGCCUCGAUAA